AGUAUAUACUAUCAUUAUUUUGGUGAUGCUUCUAAAUUGACAAUAGAACCUUAUUCAUACCUGCAUGGACGAGUAUCAAGAGAGUAUAUGGUAUCGUCUAUAGUAAGAUCGAAAGUGGCUUUUCAAAGAGUAAAAAGGAAAGUAAACAUUUGGACCAUUUGAUGAGUAAAAGCAUUGGAUGUAAAAUCAAUACCUAAGCACUAUUUGAUGAAAAUGUGAAAAGUAUUAACAGUUUUAAUUAGUAAAAGAGGGACAGCUGUUAAUCUGACUUCAAAAGGGAUGGAGGUACCUCACCUCGCUGUGUGUCGUCUGCGUUUUAAUGGUAACAAUGAUAUAUAAUGGUAUCUUUUGUGUUUUGUCUGUGGAUACUUUUGACCGCCGCUAUUGCAGCAGUUUGGUCUGUGAGCCUGCUACAGCCGGUGUGGGUUCUUCACCCAGACAAUGUUCACUCGUUUGGACUACAGAAGUACUGUGUUAUAGACACCCAGGAGAGAGGGGAUCUCCAUGCCAGUGCGUUACAGAGGAAGUGCUUACCCUAUGGGAAAGAGUUACACAUUGGAAACAUUCCAUCAGGAACAUGGAGGGCGGCAUUUCUUCUCUUUUCUUCUGGAAUUCUCCUUUUCAUUGCUAGUGUACUUACUGGGCUAAUGUCGCUAUUCAUCCAAGGAAAAUGGGAUAAAUAUGUAUCCAUAACAACGAAAUACAUCCAAUCAACUGCAGUGCUUGUCGUCAUGUCCGCUCUUCUGACCUACCCCCUAGGAUUUGGAAGCCAUUUCUUCCGGUACUAUUGUGGAUCCGGGGCAGGACCCUAUUACACGGGGCAGUGUAGCAUGGGGUGGAGCUAUAUGCUGGCCAUAAUGGGCGUGUCUUUGUCCGUCUUCUGUCCAAUCUUAUGGAGUUUUAGGUGGAUUAAGCGUGAUGAUGUCAUGGAAGGAAUACCCGUUUAA